CGUCGUCUGAACUGAAGAGAGAGAUUGAGGAGGGCGCGGUUACCUCACUCAAUUUCGGCCUCUUCUCCAAACCCUAAUUUGCUCCAAGUUUCCAUUUUUAAGAGUCAUCUGGGGUCAUCUGAAGAAACUGAAGCCCUUUUAUUUACUUGUUCUGCCAAAUUUCUGAAAUCUGGUCUUCUUAUGGGUUCGGAGAAUCAUGUAGUUGUGGAUGUUAGUUCAGACGAGGAGGACAUCGACAGAGACUACUUGAACUGGCUAAACAAGGACAAAUCCAACAGCACCGAUGUAGUCGAGGACGACGACGACGAUUGUGUCCUUUUGGACUGUGAUCCCGACAAGACUAGUGCUGCAGUUGAAGCUGAAGCUGAUGAUGAUGAUGACGAGGUGCUUGUAGUGGGGCAAAAGGGUGAGAUAGCAUGUAGAGAUUUCCCUCACCCUAGACAUUCGUGUGCUAAGUACUCCUUCAACUCAACAUCACAUGAGAGUUACUGCGACCUGUGUCACUGUUACGUGUGUGACAUCCCUGCUCCUUGUCCAUACUGGUGCCUCGCUCUCUCCGGCGUAGAUCAUUGUCAUGCUAAUGAUAAAGACAAGACAUGGAUGAAGCAACGCGAAUACUUCAGGACUGGAGGGAAUAUGCCCACCCUAGUACCAGCUGCCCAUGCUACAGUGUCUCCGCCUCAGAGUAUCAUCCGCUUGUCCCAAAACCCGUCGCCAAGGAAUAAUAAGAUUGAGAUCCGGGCUUGCUCAUCAUCAUCAUCCACCCGUGUUGCUAAUCUCUCAAACGUCAGAGGCAGGAGUAGAUCAUUGAGCAGCAGUGUUACCAUCCAAAAGGAUACAAGUACUUAUAUGGAUAACUUAAGGAGGUCUCGAGUGGCCUCUUCAGGAACUCGGUCUUAUGGUAACAGCGUCAAGGUGGGUCUCUAUACCAAUGCUAAAGUUUCACGAUCCACCCACCAUAGUAACACUUUUGUAGUGGCACCAACAAUAAACCCAGAAAUGUACGCUCAACAACAACAACAACAACAAAAUUGUCAUCUCAACGUUACUGAUUAUUGUUGUGCAGCGAUGACCGGGUCUGAGAGCAAUGCAGAUCUGUUUACUUUACCUGAGUGGGGUUCGACAGUUCAGCAGCGACAGGGAACUAACCAAAACGUCUUGCAGACCAAGCUGUCGGAAGUUGAGAGCUGGCUUAUGGACAGUUGUAACCAAGCCAGCCUGGUAGCUCAAGACAACGUGACAUUCGAUUUCGAAACCUUCCUGAAUGAUUGAAACAAUACUAUCUUCGUUAGGAAGCUAGCUUUCCGUAUGUGUAUUGUAGAAUUUGUAGGGGUGGGUUUAGAUAGUGAAAUCAUAAUUGUUAGCUCGUAUUACAAUUAAGACGUAUUAUUACUAUGAUACUAUCUCUAACCAAGUGAAGACCGAACAAAUAUAGUGUUAGUUAUAUUUGGUUUUGUUUU